GCAGACAGGCUAGGGCAUCACCACCGGGAUUUUGACUAUCGCAAACAUUUUACGUUGACGUGCUUUGGAACUCUUUGUGAUUGUUUCAACUGGGCCGCUAUCUCCGAGACGUUUAGCGUGUUGUGAACCAUGCCCGACAACUUCAAUAUCGUAAAGCACACAGCGCUACUGCGAGCUUCGAUGAAAAAUUGCGCUUCCAGUGUUUGGUGGACGACUGUGGAUGGUGCUGAAGGAAACGAGCUAAACCGCAAGCGAUUUCUCACAGCCAUGAGUCAACUGCACGCGAACCUCCUGAAAUUGCUUCUCACAAAGAAGCACUUGAAGAUUUCAGCUCUCAAAGCUCGCAAGUUGCGCGAUUCUCUGAAGAAACUCCACGAGGACGCUGCUGGCCGAGGUCAGGAGAGCCAGUCGUACUUCGGAGUACCUCUGCAUCUCCAACAACAGGCGACUUCGUCGCUCACGUCGAAUCCGGUUCCUCACAUUCUGGAAGCUAUCACCUCGCAUCUCUUGAGUCAAGCUUCGCAUGAGGGCAUUCUGCGCAAGAGCGGCAACGAAAGACGUGCGAAUGCGUUGAAGGAUGUCAUGGAGCAGAACAAUGCCGAAAUCCCCUCAGAUUUUGAAUGCUCGAUACACGACGUGGGAUGCAUCCUCAAACGGUGGCUCAGAGCGCUCCCAGAACCCGUUAUACCCAGUAUUCUCCAUGAGGUCUUCGUGAAAUGCGUCGAGUUAGAGUCACAUCAUCAUCGUACGCAGAGUCUCCUCAUGGCCUGCUUACUACUGCCCACUUUCCAUUUGAAUACUCUCAAACAUGUGGCAAUAUUCCUCCAAGAAAUCUCCAAACAAGAGACGAGGAACAAGAUGUCGAGCGCGAAUCUCGCCAAGAUACUAGCACCAUCUUUGAUGCCCUGCGCUGUGAAGGUCGAGACGAACCCGGAGGUGGCCAAAAAAUUCAGCGAUAUGUCAACCGUCGCAGUUCAGGUGCUCAUCGAUCAUGCUCAGCUGAUCGCAAGUCUACCUCCGGAAUUGGAACCCUUGAAAGACUCGUAUAAGAUCCUCUCCGACGAUGAGCUCAGCGAUCACGGAGAACCGCUGGUGAAACGGAAAUUAUUUACCUUCCUUAAACCCAAGCAUGGUAAUCACAAAACUAUUGUGCGCUCUUCGGGAUCCGGAAGGGGCUCACGGAAAGCGAGCUCGACGAAUGCAGUUUCGAAAAUUGUGAAGAGACCCACUCCCCCACGGAUAGAGCCUGACGAGUCCUUACAAGAGCCCGCCGAGGUCAAACCUGACGUCAGAGUCACUCGCAGUGCCUCUAAAAAGCGCCAGCUCAGUGCCGAGACUGUGGGUCGCAUCCGCGAGCGACGGGCUCUGAGAGCGAUCCAGAACACCCGCAGCCAGCCGAGCAUCAGAUCCUUGCCAGUAGUAUCUGGCGGUCGGAGAAAAUCAGUUCGACGAGCUGCAACUACUUGUCGCGCUGAGAAAUCGGCGGGAUCGCCUGCCCCACAAAGAUUCCAGUCAACGAAGAGGCCCGACACCCUCAAACUCAGCGAGAACGAUCCGCUCCGAAAGCCUGUAUGCGAUGACAAUAAGGUCGAGCUCCGCAGACCUGCAACAACAACUAUCUCGGCGGUCUCGAACUCAAGGGAUUCCGUUUCACCCUCUGUUGAUAAGGAAACUGCGCGCAAGAGUUUCUUGGCUGCAAUGCUAGGUUCGCAGGACUCCCAAGUCGAAGCUAAUCUCUCUGAGGAAGUGGAGAACCAUUACAGGAAAACUGAGUGUAUCCCUAGCGGAAUCGAUCAAGUCGACAGCAUAGAGCCAGGUCUGGAUCGUCACGGAGCGCUGAGGAAACCGCUGAUGCCUUCGAAUCGUCGGGCACCCCGAAGAGAGACCCCUGUGUCGAAAGUCACGGCCACAAUAACUGUACAGCUGUGAGGCGCUGGUUGUAGGUAGUCAUAUUCUCAUUCCAAGGAGCGCUUCCCCAAGUGCCCAGGAUGCAGAGAGCGCCGUGGAUUACGCUGUCGCUGGAUCACUGUUUCACCGAUUUCAAUCUACGGCACGUGAAGGUGCUCCACAAAGGGAA